AUGCGUGAGUCCAACGCUCCUCGCCUCCGCAGCGUCACCUUGUACCAUUCCACGGCGAUCCACUCCUUGUCCUGCAACUACGACAACUCCCGAGCUGCUGCUGGUCCGUGGGGGCUCCCGCACUCCUUCGGCUCCAAAGGAAUAACAGGGACGUUAUGUGAACUCAUUCAGACGCCGGUGAUCGCGGAGGAGGAGGAGGAGAAGGCAGCUGCGACUGCGACGGUGAAGAAGACGACGAAGAAGAAGGUGAUGAGGAGGGUCUCCCCGGAGCACGUGGAGUUUGUCCUGGCCGCCAAACCCACGCUGCGGAGCAGGUUCUCGCCAGAGAUGCAGCCCAGACGACAUUUCGUUAUGCUUUGCUCGUUUGGCGUAAUCAAUGAUUCAAUGCUCUCGCCACCGAUUUGGAAGUGGUUCACCACGCAAGGCCAAGAACAGGAGGAUGCACACGGAGCUGCCAUAGACCACCUGCUGGUUCUGGAGAAGGAGCUUGAUGGGAAGCGAUUCUUCGCUGGCGAGAAGAUCGGCUUCGUGGACUUAUCACUUGGCCCGCUGUCGUAUGUGAUUCCGAUAUAUGAGGAGAUCACCGGCGUCAAGAUGAUAACAGAGGAGAAGCUCCCUUCCCUGUCUGCGUGGAUGGGGAAUUUCUUGAGCUCGCCGGUGGUGAAGGAUCACCUGCCACCGCUGGACAAGUUGCGGCUCAGGUUACAAGCAAUGCGUGAAGCAUUUCUAAACGGCAAAGUUAAGUAGUAGAGGUCAUUUUGCCAUUGAGCCUCUUCAGUUUGGUCGGGAUCAGAGGGUCAAUAUAUGGCACAAAUAGUGUUGCACCGAAAAGAAAGAAAUUUUUUAAAAAAAAACACUCUUAUGAAACUACGUAGCAAUUAAUUAUCACUGCCGUUUCUGAAGUACUCCUACCUAUACUACCGUUUGUUACUGAAAGGAGGACUAUUAUCAUGAUACCGUUUGUAACCGAAAACGCAAUCCAGCAUCAAUCACUUUGAUCCGUGAAUGGCUUUGCCUGCAUCUA